AUGUUCUUCUAGUUUUGGGACAGCGGAUAACAUAGUAGUUUAGUUAAAGAAGAAGAGAAUGGCUUGGAGUAGAUAAGAAGAACAAAUAGCGGAAAGUAUGAAUAUGAGAAGUAAAAUAGAAGGAAAGUUGUAGAGAAAUUUAAAAAUAAAUCUGAUAUAUUUGAUCUUUAGGAUGAAUUUGUGGCUGUGGCUGGAUAUGGAAUAACCUGGUCUAUUGAAGUUAAGGAGUGUAGAUAAACACUGGUGAGAAUGUAAAUGAAAAAGAUGAUGACAUCGCGCAUGGAUCAUGGUGGAGAUGAGAGUUUGGAUUUGUUUUAUAAAGGAUGA